AUGACCACUGACCACGUGGCAAACGUCUAUUCAGUAGAAUCAUUACUAUCCAAUGUUGAAAAAUCAAGCGUCUCACCAACAGAAUCCGUAGAGGACAGAAAUGAGUUUCUUAUCACAGAAGAGAUAAUGAACUCUUGGCAGAGAAUGGCUGCGUCUUUUUCGUUACAACAGAAACUAUUUAUGAUGCAACAACCUGUCCCUCGACAUCCUACUCUGAACAUGAUCAAUAACCCAUUCGGAUUUUUGAAUGCUCCCGCUUUCUGGCAGCAGUACAUUAGGACUAUGUCGCUUGGAAUGAUCCCACCUGGCUCCGAAUCUCCGCCAGCUACAAUCUAUCGGACACCUACCCCACCAGCUGAGCUGAAACCAUUCCAUUGUUCAAAGUGUACGAAAGUUUUUUCCACGAUAGCAGCUCUCGAGCAACAUCAACAAGUGCACAAUAAUGACAAGCAGUUUGAAUGUAAGCAGUGUGGUAAAACUUUCAAAAGAUCUUCAACACUUUCCACUCAUCUUUUAAUUCAUUCGGACACCAGACCAUAUCCAUGUGAAUACUGUGGGAAGCGCUUUCAUCAGAAAUCAGAUAUGAAGAAGCACACUUAUAUUCAUACAGGUGAAAAACCACACAAAUGCACAGUAUGUGGUAAAGCGUUCAGCCAGUCGUCUAAUCUUAUCACCCACACCAGAAAACAUACCGGAUUCAAGCCAUUCGCAUGUGAUGUGUGUGGCCGGACGUUCCAACGUAAAGUAGACCGUCGUCGGCAUCGUGAGAGUCACCAUCCGGGCCACCCAGAAGAAUGCGGUUCGUUUCGUUUUACACCUCAAAUUUCAGCCAAUCAAGUCAAGACCAUUAUUGUGUCUGUUCUCUUGUUCCACUACAGUAACCCCCAAUUUCCUGUCCUCCCCCCCCCCCCUCCAUUCCCACCCACAACCGUAACAAUUGCAGUGUCUGCCGCUCAAAUUUCAUCAGAUCUCUCACCGAAAGGAUACAUGACACCUCCGACAAGCAGCGGAUAUCUCGACUCUUCCGACGAGUUUCUCAACGUAUUACCCGCCGAGCUGCUCGCGAUCAAAAACGAACUACUAGGCGAAGAGGAAAUCGAGGAAACUGAGGAUGAAGAAAUGAAAGUGUUGAACUUGAGUGUGUCAUUGAACAAUAUUAAAUAA